AUGCCACCUAAACCUCCCAUUCGCCUUCCUACGAAACCUCCCGCUGCGCUCAAACAGCAUGUGAAACCCUCCUUACCGACCAGACCGGCAAAUCCUGCCCCACGAGCUCCGCUGCGAUCCAAACCCACCCCAGUAUCACCAUCGAGCAGCGUCACUCCUUCCCCACCACCACCACCACCUCAAUGGCAUGAAAACAGCCAUGCCGGCACAGGUCGGCGCUACAUAAAAUGGGGUACAAACGGCAUCGUAGCAAUCUGCGCCAUGCUCUUCAUCCGCGACCAAUUCAUUGAACUGCAGCACGUCCGCGGCUCCUCCAUGGCACCUACCCUCAGUCCUGAUGCGCACGAGACAGGUCAGGAGGACUACGUCAUCGUACGAGCAUAUCAUGCCACGAGCAGUAGGAAGACAGCCGCGAAAGCAGGAGAAGAAGAGCCAUGGGGUAUAAAACGCGGCGACGUGGUGACGUUUUGGAAACCGCACAAACCUAGGGAAAUGGGGAUCAAACGCGUUGUUGCUGUUGAAGGCGAUACUGUUUAUCCUACGAGAGGGUACGCGCUUGACCCCGAAUUUCAUAAAUGGAGGUUGAGAGGUUUGCCGGAUGGGCUGGUGGAUCAUGAUGAAGAGAGCAUUGCGACGAGAGAUGGUGGGGAGGUGGGGAAGGUGGUUGUGCCGUAUGGACAUGUGUGGAUUGAAGGGGAUAAUUGGAGGAAAAGUUUGGACAGCAAUGACUUUGGGCCGAUUAGCAAGGGCUUGAUACAGGGGAAGGCGGUGCGGGUUUGGAGGGAUUGGUGGGGGUUGAGGGAGGUGGGGGAUGAGAGGAACAAGAAGGAGAAGACGAUGAGGAGUCGGGUUGUAGAGGGACGAAGCGAGGUUCCUGCGGUGUUUCUGGAGUGA